GUUGAAAUAAGUACCUAUUUGAUUUUGCAUGAUUCAUCAAUUCAACGAUAUAUUCACUGGGCAUUUGUUGUUUUAUCAACAAGUGAUACAGGUACCUUUAUCAUUAUCUUGUCAAUCACACAGUUAAAGUCGCACCAUCAUAAAACACGUCUCGUGCUCCAAACGUCCACCAAAAUAAUAUGUCGGUACCGGAAAUUAAAGAUUUGGACGGACUGUUGCUUCCACACUUGGACAAGGGGAAGACUAUAGUGGCCACCAAUAUCUCCAGACUCACAAGUCCCGGAGAAAACUACGGCAGCGAAAUGCUUAAGGUGGAUUUGACGUUGAAAGACGAAACUGGCUGUACCGAAGAGUUGAGCGUCGUUGCCAAAAUGAUACCGGAAUCCGAGCUUUUCCAGGAAUUGUUCAACGUACAAGUGAGUUUCAAGUUGGAGACGGCCUUCUACGAUACGGUGGUGCCAGCUUUGCAGGAGUUCCAAAGGCGACGCAGCGCUACUAAAGUUAUCGACAAUUUCGCUGAGUUCUACGGAGCUAGGACGAGUUUGGUGGAUGGAGCCGUGAAUGAAGAUGCCGUGCUUAUUUUGGAAAACUUGAAAGUCAGAGGCUAUACCAACGUAGAUCGCUAUAAAGGUUUCGACCUUAAAACAACCCUGCACCUACUAUCAGUCAUCGCCAAAUUCCACGCUGUACCUUUGGCCCUCAAACUUCAAGACAUUGAAACCUUCAACCAAAAGGUCAAGCCCUUCUUCGCCUGCAACAACGCUCAACCUCCGAAACAGUCCAUAGACAUCUCCCUCAUGUUGAAAGCUCUAGAAGCUAAAGAGUCCUGCAUCCGCUUACUUCCUAAGCUAAUCAAGUCUUUGGAAUAUGUUAUGGUGGUUCCUACCGAAGAAUUCAGAGAACCGUUCGCUACCAUCACACAUAGAGACUUGUGGAGCAACAACUUGAUGGUAAAGUUCGAGGCUGGUGAACCUGUGGACAGCAAAAUCGUGGACUUCCAAAUGUACAGCUACGAUACGCCAGUCAUAGACCUCCUAUUCUUCUUGCUGACUAGUGUGGAAACAGAGGUUCUCAAGGCGAAUCUAGACCCUUUCUUUGAGCACUAUCACCGAGCCUUCACGGACACUUUGAAGUCUCUUGGUUGCGAUAUCGAACCUUUCUCGUACGAUAAAUUCAUGGAAGAAAUUGCUGUGGGAGUUGAAAGAGAGUUGGGACAUGCUUGUUUCAUGUUGGGUUAUGUGAUCAAAGCCAAAACAGAAUAUACUGUACCUGAUGACAGUUCUGAUGGGCCACCAGCCACAGAACAUAUUUCUUUUGGUGAGGAGACUUUGGAUAGAGUUUGGUGGAUUUUGGAGGAGUGCGAUAGACGGGGGUGGCUGAAUUUCUAACAUUUGGAUUGUUUUCGAAACGAUAAGUAUCAAUAUUGAAAUAAACUACUAUUUCGAUCUCAUUUUCUCAUCAAUUCUUUCAUUUUUUCUUCCGACAACGACCAGUGGAGCCACCGAAUCAGUGGUAGAUCAUGACUAUAGGGCUGGAAUAAAAUAUCUAUGCAAGAAUAACGUACACGGUAAAAAUUCGUAUCGAGUGAAGCAAGCGGAAGCAAGUCUUUAAAAUAAAAAUGCACAAUAAGAUUCAUCAAGAACUCAAAUUUUGUUUAACUUCAAUUGCCAAUUUCUCAUGGAUAUUUUCAUGGUCAUUUUCUGCGAUACAAGUGCGAUGGCACUUAUCCCUCAACAGCUUUAUUCAUCUCCUCACUAAUUAUAUAUUUAUUAUAUUUAUUAUUCAUAUAUUUUGUUGAAUAAAGGUUAUUAUUAUCAUUAUUAUAA